AUGGCAGAGACUGUUAUUAUAACUGGAGCCUCGGGUUUCAUUGCUCAGCAUAUUGUGAAACAGCUUCUCCAGAAGGGCUACAAAGUUGUCGGAACCGUAAGAUCAAAGGGAAAAGGUGAAAAAUUAAAGAAGAGCUUCGAUUCGAUUUCUCCAAAUUUUACAUACGAGAUUGUCCCCGAUAUCGGAAAGAAAGAUGGUUUGAAAGAGCUUCUAUUGAAACACCGUGAAGCAGAAAUUCUCUUACACACCGCCUCUCCUUUCCAUUUCAACACUGAUGACCCGGAGAAGGACUUGCUCUUGCCAGCAAAGAAUGGUACUCUCUACACUUUGCAAGCUAUAAAGGACUACGCACCUCAGAUCCGAAAGGUGGUGGUUACAUCUUCAUAUGCUGCAGUGCUGCUCCCUAAAAGGGAGAACGACCCCACUUUCACUAUCAAUGAGACUACAUGGAAUAACGUCCAAUGGUACCAAGCCAAGAAGAACGCAUUCUUCGGAUACUUUGGCUCCAAGAAAUUCGCUGAGAAAGCUGUGUGGGACUUUAAGGAAGAAAAUGAAGGUCAAUUGAAAUUUACCUUAAACGUAGUCAACCCGUCUUAUGUUUUUGGGCCCCAGGCUUUCGAUUCUGAAGCCGCUGGCAAGGACACCUUAAAUACGUCGUCUGAGAUCAUCAAUUCCAUUGUCAAGUUGACUGCGGGCAAGGAUGACGAUAGUAUUCCUUCGCAACUGGGAAGUUUUAUAGAUGUUCGAGAUGUUGCCAGGGCCCACAUAGCAGCUAUUGAGAAUGAUGCUAUAGUGAAUGAAAGAUUACUACUCGCCAGCGACAGAUUUAGUACUCAGCUGAUACUUGAUGUUAUCAAUAGAAACUUUAAGAAUGAGUUGAACGUCCCCGUAGGGGUUCCAGGAUCUGAAAACGACAUUUUGGAGAGCUUCUGCAAAAUAGACAAUUCUAGAACCAAGAGACUCCUAGGAUUCAGUUUCACACUGUUCGAAGAUUCAGUUAGAGAUUCAGUUCUGCAAAUAGUCAGAGUGAGAGCCUUGAAGGGUAAGUUAUAG